UGUGUGUGUGAGUGGUUGUGUGCGUAGAGGGUGAAAAGUCGCAGGCAACAAACAGCCAGGCUCUAGUGUAGCUUUUGCUUAGACGGACUUUUUUUUCGUGGGUAGUGAACGGCAAUGUCGAAAUCCACUCGUUCUGUGCGCAUUGUGCUGCAGAUUGUUAUUGAUUGAAAGUGUAAAGUUUGUCAAACGCGCGCCGAGCAGUGUUUCAGCCACCCUUGUGCAUGCGUGUAUGUGUAGCAAUCGUCCGGGAGGUUUACGUUUGCCUCUCCGUGCCAUUGUGACUGACGGAGCAUUUUGUGCGUCGUGCGCGCGACACUACCAACGAGAGGCCCAUCACUUUCCUGUGCCCCGAAACCUGUGGAAGCCAGCCAGCCUGCCCUCGCACACCGGUGAAUGCUGUGAAGCGUCCGCUGGCAAAGCCUACUCCGUUGGUGCUUUUGUAGCGCACGAUUGUCCACGCGCCAGCAUCGGGAGAGAGAGCGCCGCCCGAAACGCAUACACACGCGCGCACACACGCGCUUACACGCACACGGCCGUGCAAGGGCACAGAUCGGGCCAGACUAGCAGAACCGAAUUGGUGUGUGGCAAAGUACCCGCGCGCGCGUUCGCACAUCGUCGUCGUCGUCGUCGUCGUCGUCGUUGGCAUUCGUAGAAGUGAGAUUAUCGGUCGUCGGUUGGUCGAUUCGGACGUUGUCGCUCCGCUGAGGGCGCGCAGCAAAACAUAACACACAGCGGCUCGCACCACUAUUCCGCACCUGUGCCCUUUCCGCGCGGUAAAGUGCCCCCUCUCCUCCGCCGCCGACCCCCCCCCCCUGCUCCUCACCCACGGGAGGAGUCCCUUUUAGUUUCUACGCAUACACAUACGCACGCGCCCCACAGCUAGCGAGAACUCCACCAGGCGGCAGCAGUAGCAGCAGCAGCAGCAGCAGUUGGCAGGCAGGCGCACACAGAGGAGAAAACUCCACCAUCAUAUCCCGUUGGCCGUGUGUCGCCGUCGUUUUCGUCGGCGCUUUGUCCCCCGUGAUAGCACAGGAUCAACAUCCGAGGACGGAAACUAAAUUCCGCUGAAAAUAUCUCCGUCCGCGCGCGCUAGACAGCAGCAUCGUCGUUAUCGGUUCGGCCGACAGGCUCUGAGGCUCUCGGUUUCGCUUGUUAGCCAGCGUCGGUCGGUCGUCGUAACACCGAACGAACGGGUAACGCGUGCCAGCCAGAUUCGGCGACAAUCAUCAUCCUUCGCAGGUUUUGAUUGUCCUUGUUGGUGUAAUCCACCCCGCCCACUCUCGCUCUCUGCCCUCCGUCCCUCCUGCGAACCGGGGUAGACGCUAGACUUCAAUGGAUUCGGAGAUUCCGGAACUUUCGGACGAAGCCGAGGAACACGUCAAACUCGACAACGGUGAUGAGGUGGCAUUGCCUCCGCGCACACGUUUAGUUACCACCACCGACGUUCAACAGGGCAAUACGCAGGUAGUGCAGGUGCCUGUAUCCCUGCCGGUCGGUACACUUAUCGGUGGCGCCACGUUCAACGUGCUCACCACUGAGCAGAUACAGCACUUUAAGCCAAUGAUUUGCGUCGACAACAACGGGUUCGUCUCGAGCAGUACGGUGGUCGGUGAUCUCGGCAACGAGCUGAAACCGACCCAUAUCGUCAUUCAGCAGCAGAGUUCCUCCGACAACCAGCAGCAGGACGAUUCGGGCAUGGUGGAAGGCGGUCAGUCGCAGAACAACUCCCAGCAAAGCUCGCAGCAAGGCGGCACGCAGGAGUAUCGCGUCGAGGGCAACAGUGCGCUGGCGAACCAUUUGGCUAACGUGGAGGUCCUGCAAGUGCGAUGCAAAACCACCACCGGUGAGCUGUACAAGAGCCGCCUGGGAUCUGGCGGCCGGGGGAAAUGUAUCAAGCAUAAGGACGGCUGGUACACGCCGAGCGAGUUCGAAAACAUUUGCGGCCGCGGCUCGAGCAAAGACUGGAAACGAUCGAUAAGGUACGGUGGGCGUAGUUUGCAGACGCUUAUCGAUGAAGGUAUCCUGACGCCGCACGCCACCAGCUGUACCUGUUCGGCGUGCUGCGACGACGAGUCUGGCGAAACCGCAACUGGACCGGUGCGUCUGUUUACACCUUACAAGCGUCGACGAAGGAACCAAAGUGAGCACGAGUCACCACAGCUGGAUAAGAAGAAGCGCAUCGUCGUGACCAGCGGUACGACCACCUCGGUUGGCGGCAAUGCCACCAGCACAUCGGGCAGUAACAGCACAACCCACACCAACAAUGCCAUCAUUAACAGCAAUAGCGCCGCGACCACUACGAGCGUGGUGAACAAUUCCGCCAUAAGCAAUCAGCACCAGCAGCAGGUAGCUGUACAGACGGCACAAGUGCAUGCAGCUACCCGGCAACAGCUACACCAGGCAACGGCCACAAUAAAUGCAACGCCCAUCAUUACCAACAACACGAGCACCACAACGACCACCACGACCGUAAAGGUCGUACAGCAGGAACAGCAGCAGGAGCUGCAAAACGAAUUGAUCACAACCAAAGAGGAACCGUGGCAGACGCUAACCGAGGGUAUCGACACAACGACGGAAUUCGUGGACCAGCAGACUCAAUUACUAGCGGAAGCUAAUUUACCUUUCGAAAGAAUGAAAACCUUCUGCACUCAGCUGACGAAAAUGGUGCAGGAAAUGCGAAAGUGUAUUGUGGAAACGCAGGAGCAUCACAACCGCCAGCUAGAGUGCAUGCAACGGGAACGGGAUGCCGCAAUACUUACCGUGACGCAACUCGAACAGGAGCAGAACAUCAACAGCAACUGCAUUCCUCCGGGAUCGAUUCACGCUAACAAAAAGUGCGCUAACUGUAAUCGCGAAGCGUUGGCCGAAUGCUCGUUGUGUCGAAGGACACCCUACUGCUCGACGUUCUGCCAGCGAAAAGACUGGAUCACGCAUCAGAACGAAUGCGUCCGGAGCACGCAGGAACCAACGCACCAGAUAAUGCUAAUAGUGGACGAAACGCAAUAGCCUUUAAUGUUCUAAUCGGGCCAACCCGAGAGGGUAAAACCGCUUGUUCGACGGACAAUCGGCUUGCUUGGCUCCGAUGACGGACUUAGGUCAUAAUAUCGCACCCCACUUACGUAAAAAACGUAAUUCCGGUAGCAGAUGUGUUGGACAGUUCGCUAGCUCGUGAAAUAUUUUAUACACCAUUUUCACCAGAUAGCAAACAGUCCAAAACAACUGCACCGAAGGACAGUUUAAGCUCGGUUCGGAAUCGUUUUCACUAGCUUACAGGAUUUGUUGAUUGUUUUAUUGCUUUAGCUAUUUUUACACUGUUUUUUUUUUAUUAGUUUUAAAUUAUAUUACGUUUAUUUGUUUUCGAGAUAUACUUUCACGAAUCCGUAGUGGCAAAUGUCAAAAUGAAUUAUAAUGAAUGUACAGAAAGAACCAAGACUUACCUUACUUCAGCUCGUCCUUGGCAAGACAUAGCAAUAGUGACACAAAUUUCAAACACACCUAAAGUACGACCACAUACGCACGUACAAUGAAGCGAUUGAAAUUAAAUCACGCGAUUGAAAUAGGCUCCUUCAUUCAGAAUGUUAUUCUCAUGAUUCUGUAUUUGAUGUAGGAAAGGAAGUAAUCCCUUCCUGAGAAGUGUAUAAUAAUAACACUAGCUGAUGUACAGUGCGUCUAUUUUUAUUGCAAUUAGUAAUAUUAUAUUGUAUUAUUACGUGUAUUUUUUGUUGUCUUAGGUAAAUUAAAUUCAAUCAAGUGUAUGUAUUGCUGUAUAUUUAAGUAGACGGAAGUAUCGUUUACGCAGGGAUUCGUGCAGAUAACGUACAAGAAUGAUUUAUUUUUAAAAAUAUUUCUUCAAUUUUGAUAUACUAAUGCAGAUAUACUAAAGUUAAGGGUAAUGCAAAAAAGCAAGCUCUAGCGAAUGUAGGCGAUAAUGUACUUCCGAUUGUAAAGACUUUGGUUGCAAUUUAAAUGAGCAUAAUUUUAGAAAUAUUUAGGAUUAGUGUAUGUAAUUUAAGAGAAAAUAAUGAAUAGAAUCAAUCGUGCAAGGGUGUAUGUAAGAAACAUGUUUUAAAGCCAGUUAUUUUGUCUACACACAUGCUCCAUCCCGAUGCUGCUCUACAUUAUGGCGAAAAGGGUUUGAAAGACUGUCUUGUCGCAAAGUAUACCCUGAGAGAGUUUUAAAAUGGCAGAAUGUUAUUGUUUUACCUUGAUAUUUUCAAAUUUUUAUUUUAUUAUAAUUUCAGCUUAUUCCUCCUCUUCCCUUGGACCAAUAUAAAACUCAUUUGCUUUCGUUUGGCGAAACAGUCGUUGAUAUUUGAUACAGAUACUAUCUGUAUUCACCAUUUUGUCUUAUAUGAUAUAGCGGGGGUUUAAAAGGGUUAUCAUAGUAUUGGAACACUUUCUUGACCGUGUGGCAACAAGUGGACUAUACAGCACCCUUUUUGGACAGACGUAUGUGGAAUCCAAUAAAGGAAAUUGCAAUGUAUCUGUCCAAAAAGUGUGCCACAGAGUCCAAUUGCCGUCACAUAAAGUUCACUUCCCGUAAGUAAGAGUCAAUAAAGUGUCCCAAAAUUAUGAGAACCCCUGAAAACCCCGAGUAAGCAACGGUAGGAAUCAAUCCAUUGAAACGAAUGGGUUAUGCAUUGGGAAUUAAAUCCCAUUGGUUAUUUCUUGAACACAAUGCAUUAGCCCAUUCAGUCAAGAACCAAAAACAAAAAAAACUAACAAAAACAGAAGAGCUGUUUUGGAUAAUCACACAAAGCCAUUAACAAAACUUUUCGUGCAGCUACACACAACACGUAUAAUGUUGCGUUUGUUUCUUCUUCGUCGUUCUUUACUAUUUUUAAUGAAGCAACAUUUCUAGUACACUUAUCAAAAGAAAUUACACUGGUUGGUUAAGUGCAUGCAUACAAUGUAAAACUGAAAUUGAUCGUAAUUUGACAUAUUGGUGUAAUUCUUUUAGCGAAGAUUCUUUCCACUAUGUAGAAGCGUGUUAGCACUUAUCAAUACAUAACGACCAAACGAAUGCGCAAACCGGCGACCGGAUUUUCUGUGUGGCACAAGCAUUCGUUAAACUUUAAAAACAAUCUCUUUACAUUGUAAACCGAAUUAUCAGAAACAACGGAUGAUUGUUUAUGAGCAAAUUUAAGCUAUAGUAAUAAUUUGGCAAUAUUGCCGAUUGAAGAUGAAACUUGUGCAAGGUUAAGCGACUAUGGGAAGGAAAAAAACGAAUGAUAUCUUACUGUGUAAAGUGUGCAAAACAAAAUCGGGUUUCCUUCCUUCAUCUAUGCAGUCUCGUACAAUGAGUACACAUUGUAUGUAAACCAUAGAUGGAAAGAUUUACUUCAUGACGGUGUCCAGUGUAUCGUGUGGUAAACGAAAUUUUAUACAAUGAAAUGCAAUUAUAGAUGUGAAUAUUUGAAUGUAGCGUGAACUAAAAACAUUCAUUUAGCUAAAUACAGGAUCUAAAUUAGAUUACUGGUGUAAUUCUGAAAAAAUAAAAACUUUGAGACACU